AAAACUGAGGCUUAAAGAAUUUAAGAAGCUUGCCCAAGAGGACGUCCUGAGUACGUGGUGGAGCUCAACUCAGAUGCGGCUGAGCACAGAACCUGUGCUCUUGGCGUCUACACUUCACUACCUCGCAUCCCGGGUGGCUUCUCACACACAUGCCUGGACUUAUUUUUAACUCCUCGAGGGACCACUGCCAAGGCCUCUGGCUCAGCGCUGCUGACAGCCUGGUCCGUGGAGGAGCCCAAGGCGGCCAGUGGGAAGGCACACGAAGAAUCCACAUGCUUCAAAUGAACCCUCGGAUACUUUUCUUGCUUGAUGCUGGUGUACAAAUUAAUUACGCAUUUACUCUGAUUUCAAAUGUACCGGAGAAGCUUAUCAUUUAAAGAUGUUCGUUGAGGAAUCCUUUGUAAAGUAAUGAGGUUUGCAAAUAGGUUUUGUUUUGCAGAAGCAAAAUCCAGCACCAUCAUUUAACUUUUUCACCUCUUGGGGUUUUGUAUUGGUACCCAUUGGGUUUUCUUAAAGAAAGGCUCACCUUUAUUUAGAAAGAAUAAAACUUUCAGCACAAGGACCUAAAGUCUUGAAUUCGUAUGCUUUAAUUUGCCUUCAGAUCAGAAUUAUAUCUGUAUUUGCUCAAUUGCAUAAGCGAUCUUGCCUCUUUGGUUUUGAAAAUGAUGUUUGUAUACUCUUAGGAUGUGACAAGAUUUAGGGCACAUUCCUCCAAGGUACCUGUACAGACCCUCGAGUCAGGCCACCUGGGUUCCAGGUCUGGCUGACUGAAGCAGGCUGCAGAGCCCCCCGUCACAACAACGCAGCUGCUCACCUGGGCAGGAGCACGUCCAUCCUGGCUCUCUUCAGGCUGGAGGUCCAGAUGUGGAGGAUGCUGGCUGUGAGGUCUCAGGAUGGACAGCUGGGAGCUUGUGGGCAAUGACACUGGCUGGCUGAGGACAAGUCCAGGCCAUUGGGCAGAGCCUGAUUUCAGAAGCUUGUGAUGGGACGGUGGCAGCAGACCCAGACGGCCAGAGAUCAGAAGACCCGGCGAGGGUUGCUGCCUCCAUUAUGUGCCAGCCACUGUACGCUGGGGAAAGCAAGAGCCUCUCAGAGCCUGCCUGCCAGCCACCGCCCAGCGGACGGAUCAAGCCUGGGUCACAGCAGCGACGGGGAAAUGUUAGGAGCAAGAACUACAAUUGCUGUAAAGGUCUCAGACGCCUCUGCUCCUGCGUUCAGCGUCUCGGCUCUGCUGGGACCAAGUGGAUACCCCGGGGGCCCUGGAGGACACCAGAGCUACAGAGACCUCCACCAUCGUUCUACCCUGAGGUCAACAGCUGAGGAUCGGAGACAAAAAGAACUCGGACAAGGGCGUGUGAAGACAGGCACAACACUAGGCCGAAGUGCGAGAGGCCGUGCCUGCCCGCGGGAGCACAGGGGUCUUCAGUUGGAGGUGGCCAUGGAGAUGGGCGGCUGUCGUCCUAGUGGGUGGCACGCGUGGAGAGGAGGCUGUGCUGGAGAGAGAGGCCAAGACAAACGGGCUGACUGUUGGCAGAAGACACUAACUAGCAAGCUCUACAAGACCCCGUCUACUCCUUCAGGCCUUGUGUCUUUCUGGAAUUGCAACCUAUACGAUCCAGCCAUUUGGAACUGCCAUCAUUCCCAAACAAACCAGAUUGGCUUAUAUCUCCAUGACUGACUUCAUGCUGCUGCUGCUGCCUGUCUGCCUAGAGACACCUGCUCAUCUUCAGAGACCAAGCCUAACGUGAUGCUGUGAAGCCUUAUCUGACCACGUACUCAACAAAAUGCACUCAUUUCUCUUGGGUAUAUAACUAGGAAUGGAAUUGCUGGGGCACAGGGUGAGCAAUUUUUAGUUUUAGUAGGUACUUCCAAACAAAUUUCCAAACUGACUGCAUCAAAAUGUGUAAUUCUACCAGGAAUUUAUAGUAUUCCAGUUGCUUCACAUCCUUGCCAACAUUUAUUGUUAGCAUUCUUUUAAAUUUUAAUCGUUCUGAUAGGUAAUUGUGUUUCAUUAAUUGGCAUUUGCCAGAUGACUAAUGAUAUUAUCUUUUUAUUGGCCGUUUGAAUACCCUCUUUAGUGAAGCACCUGCUCUUUGUAUAUAUUUUGGAUUCUUUUCGUGGAUGUAUGUAUUGUAAAUAUCAUUAUCCAGUCUGUGGCUUGCCAUCUUACUCUUUUUUGGUGUCUUUUGAUGAACAGAAGUUCUUAAAGUUAUUUUUAUUUAUCUUUUUUUAAGACUAGUAAUAUUUGCUAUUCCACCCAGCAGCCAUUCGGAACCAGAGGGUGGAGGACAGAAUGAAAAGAAGCUUGGAUCCCUGAGGACUGUGGGCUGCCAUACAUAGGAGAGAGAAAUGCAGAAACAGAAGGAUCUGAAGAUGGGACAACCUGAUAGAUGUGCAACGAAUAUGCCAAUUAAAUAAGCAUUUUUACUCAAGACAAGGUAGGAUGCAAGUAUCUUCAGAUGUCAUAAAGGAUGGCUUGUUUCAGGCUUGCAUAUUCAGAUACGGCAACAACCUGACAUGCAGUCACUGGCCCAUUUGCCUAAAGAAGCACCAGCCACUCUAACCCGCUGGGAUAUCAGGACUGGAGGACGAAUAUGGGUCUGGGGUCACUGCUCUGGGCUGGGCCCACGCUGAAGUUUCAGAGGACCGUUGAGAGGAUGGGCCAGAUCCCCAUUUCUAUGCGAUCUGGGAGUGCCUGGAGUAAACAGGACCUCUCCCAGAACACCAUGAGUAAGAGUGGCCCACAGAACUGUCUCCCUGGCCCCACACUCACCCAGUUCAGUAGUUGGGUCCUUGGACCUUCUACUGUCUUGGGGAACAGCCUGGCUGUACUUGGACUAGUUCUGGCUGGGAUUAAACUAACAUCCCAUUGGUCACUCAGUGAAAAUUCUUGAUUAUCAAUUUAGGUUUUCUGAUCUGCUUUUGUGCACAGCAAACUAUCUAAAAACUACUUCUGAAAAAUUAAUAUCCAAUUAAAUACAGCUACCCAUUUCAAGCCCAAAUUUUCCUUAAACUUACUAAUUUGAGUUCAAUUCCCAAAUCUUAUUACUCAACUAAUAGAUCUAGCAAAUGUUAAUAAUUAACACUUAUUUUUAAAAGGGCUCAUGCAGCUUAAUUAACUUCCUUUAACAUCUUAAACUGCAUCUAUACAUUUAAUGUAUUGAUUUUCUUUUUAAGUAGUUCAGUGGUCUGAUUAAUAAAACCUUUUCAGUCCCUAAAUAACUCUAGUAAAUCUAAUCAAUUAAACAUAGAAAUGUCGACUAUUAAAUCCUCUUAAAUGUUUCAAUGUUACAAAUUUACUAACUUGACUCUCAUAUCCCUCUACUUAAAACAGCAAAUAUAAAUCAAUUCUAAGCUACAUUUUAAAUUGGAAUCACAAUACUGAUCUCUUGUUCUCAUAGACCAAAUUCUCGAAAACACAACAAACUCUUAAAUACCAGACAUGAACAAAUUAUUUCUGAACCUAACACAAACUUUUUAACACAGGUUUUGUUUACUUUGUUAUUUCUAUACUUAAUCCUAUUUUAUUCUGGGAUUAAGACAUCACAUCCACUAAGGAGAUAACUCUGUUAUCCCAAACAAUUUGGCAUUGCUUUUCGAGCUGACCGAGGUUGCAUGUGGACAGCUAUUUUGGCCAAGAGGAGUUCCAACAAGGAGGGACAAAUAGGGCCCUCUUUUAUGGUUGCUAAACAGGGAUUCCAGGAGUUAAAGAGGUUAUCUGCAUGGUCCAUCUUGCUGGAUUUAAGUCAAAUCGCUAUGUAAUUUCUCUCUAUGAAUAGAUUUCUGCAUCCUCCCCUCAGAUUGUGGCAACUUCCAUCAUUGCUUCAUUAGCUCUGCAAGUCUUUGCGUCGCUUAAGAUAUUUACAUGUUACUCCAUUGGACUCUACAUCUCCCAGGGCUUUGCUGUCUCUGCAGUCUGCUGAUAACCAGGUGUUCUUGGGUUCAUGGAAGGAUGAGCCAGUUGAGCCUGGAAAGCCCAGCCAUUUGAAAUGUCCCACACUGUGGGGGGUGGCGGUGGGAAGA